AGGAACCCAUUUGAUUGCCCCCCUUUCGAGUUCUGACCCCCACAACCAAAAUGAUACCUGUAAAAAUCCCGUUCCUUUGAAUUCCACCAAAUAUGCUACUUUACAACUACAUUACGCAAUACCCGCUUUCCAUUAAGUACUUCCUCUCUGUUUAAUGCGCCGCUCUGAAUUCGAUACUGCCUUUAUGUUGCACGCACGUGACGAAACAUUCAUAUUGCAAAUGUUGUAAAUUUAUCAUUUGAGUCAGGGUCGCCGAGAAAAACAACCCCGGCGCAGGAGGCAAUUACGAGGAGCCGCUGGGUGGACGUCGACCACACUAUGCGGCGCCUGCGUCACGAGCCGCAGGCGCGCAUUGUCGUGCAGGUGCUGAAUGACGAGGUGCCUAACGUGGAGUCUGCGAAUGGGGUCUACGAAAUCGACCUGCUCAACUACUUUGACGACAUCGAGCGCUUUCGCAACCGCGACAAACGGUUCCCCUCCUUCUGCCGCCCGUUCGUCGGGGAGAUCGAGGAGCAACCCGAUUUCGAUCGACAUCAUAGUCAGCGCGGUGGAGUUGUCACGUCCUCUGGAGCAGUCGCGUUACAUCAAAUACCACCUCAUCAGCAGCAGCCGCAUGCCCCGGCGCACAGAAAUAGCGGUGGUGGCAAAAACGGCGACCGACUCCCGCACGCGCGAAACCAGGCCGCGGGCUUUCGGGGCCGGGACAUAUCCGAGGCGGACGUCAGUAUUGUUGAGGUGUUUGAACACAAGUCGCCGGCCAUUUCUACUUUCCGCCACGACGACUACACUUUCAACAGUUUGCACAUGGCGGGAUUAGUACAGCAACCCGGGGCGCCGGGUGGUAAUAUGCACAACAACAGCAGCACCUUAGGUGGAGUAGGACCGCUGCUGGACAACGACGGGCGCAGCACGAUCAGCGACACGUCGUCCGUGGUGAACACGAAUUUCGUCCGGGAACUGCCAACCCGCCCGUUUUUGGAUUUGCCCGCGCCGCCACGAACGAAGCGGAAACUGAAACUCCCCAACCCGGGCGGGGCGUUCGGGAGCCACGCGUCCAGAAACGCGAGGCAUCCGGGGACGAGUCCGAGCAACACGGCCGUCGGGUUCAUCGAGGCGGUGGACGAAGAGGAGGUGGAGGGUGAGAAUUUUGGAAGCAGUACUACCGCUAGCCACGGAGGUCCUCUUCGGGGAACUACAACUACGUCCCACCAGAUGCGAUACGUGGGAUCUGACGGGUACGUGUACAGUUCGCGGGCGAGCUACUUGCUGGAGACCUUGACUCCAGAGGAGACGAAGUACGUGAUCUCGCUGGAACUCGGCUACAAAGUCUGGAAAUCCGGUUUCAUACCCACGCAUUUAAUGGAACUGAUCGCGGUGACCGACCAGUCCGCGCUGCACGCGGCCGAGUUUCGCAGCAAAGCAGCGAGCAACCCCCACCGAACCGUCGGCCGGGGGUCCAGUUCGCGCAUGCGGGUGAAAGAGAUCGUUGGAACCACCACUUCGGGUGGUGCUGGGACGAACAAUAAAGACCAUAGCAUUCCGUCCAGAGGACAACAACAUCAAGCGUCGAAACUGAAGUCUUCAAGUCAACAAGCGCCAAAAUCAAACACGAAUCCGAAGCAUCAAUUCAAUCCCCCGGUGUACGGGUCUAACGUGGGGGAGGAGACCGCUCGGGUGCGGAGAAUGCUGGGACCGGAAUUCCUGGGAUCUUCGACGUCCCAGCAACCACAGCCGUCGAAUACAACAAUUCCGGAGCAGUCAGAGCUCGAGUCACCGCCCUCGUUGAUCUCCAAUAGCAACGUCACUUUCUCUCGAACCUACGAACAACAGCUGGAGAAGCAACAGAAAUCGGUGUCGGAACUUUUGGAGUACGCAAGAGCGACGAGAUGGAACGCGCUAGGAAAACUGGGGAUCUCGCAGUCCGGCGUGCUCGAGACCAACGACUCGGCGUACCCGAUCUUUCAGGAGGGAGUCAGAGCCGUUUGCGAUAAGGACGGAGACCAGUUGGUCGUGUUCGUUGCGGAGCAGGCGGUUAUGUCGGUAAUAGUACAACAACAGCAACAGACGAGCAACGGGAAUAAUAUGCUGACGUCGCACAGCAUCGACGAGAACUUAACGCAGAACUUUUUCACCAACAACACGUCGAAUCUCGGGUUUUUGGAUUUCACGGGCGACGUGCCGAACUGCAAGUCCUGGCGGUUCGACCUGUCGUCCGAGGACAGCACGCGGCACGCGCUGCGCAUGCUGGAGUUUCUGGCCCGGCACCCGCGACUGGAACAAGGACAGAUUUUCCUGGGCAACAGUACCGCGCGGUCGUUGCUGCCCGAGGCGAAGCUGAUGGGCCACACGCUGUACCGGCAGGAGGACCGGGACGAGGUGGUCUUCUCGGACGACGAGGAGGACCAGACGACCAUGCUCACGCUGCGCCCCAAAGCGAAAAAAGCGGGGAAGAUCGUGAGCAGGUCGGUCGCCAGUUUGGAGGUGAUUCUGUUUGUCUCCUUACCCAGAUACUACAGCAAAGGGGAGAUGAUGAUGGGGAAAAAUACCAACGCUCCUGGAAAUGUUGUAAACAGUGUUAGCCAACAUCCCCACAACAAAUCCACGCCGAUUCAGAAGGAACUGCUGAAGACCGUCCGGUCGCUGCAGCACGCGCGGGAGAUUGUGUACGGCAUGAGCGACAGUGAUUUGAAUGCAGUGGACCGCAAGGGGAACAACUUGAUCCUGAAGGCCUGGCAGACGCUGACCCAGUUCCCGCAGCGGCAAGAAGUGAUCACGCAGGCGGUUUUGGAGCAGUGCCCGCGGUUCAAAUUGGUUUCCAACGUGGAUUCGGAAGACGGAAAAACCCUGCUGCACAUCGCGGUCGCGAACGGGUGGGGGGAGGUGGUCAUGCGCUUACUCUCCGGCGCGAAGCACGACUGGGCGAUGACGAGCAACUUUGUGACCCCGCAGUUCCCCCCGGUGUUUCUCUCCCAAACCCGCGACGUGUUCGACAAACGGGGGAACAGCUGCUUUCUCGACGCCAUCGAGCACAACGACGGCCGGAUGGUGGCUCUGCUCUUGAAGUUCGCCAUGGAAGCGCCGGAACGGAAGCACGGGUGGCGCACGAUUCCGACCAGUCCCCCGGAACAGGUGGACGCAGAAGUGCUCAAACUGCAGAUGAAACAUCAGCUGACGAAUACAAGCGGCGAUCUCCACUCCGAGAUCAGUUCCGUGGACGUGGCCAACAUCGACCGGUACUACCACAAGAAGAAGCUGCAGGACAUCAACGCGGCGGCGGACUUAUCCUGUGCAAAAGUAUCGUACUAGUAUAGAUUGCAUGACAAAUUGAAAUUCCCUCAGCAUGAGAAAUAUAAUUUGCAAUGCGGAUUUACCUUGAGAAAAAAAUUUGUAAUGCAGGAUUGCAAUUAGAAUUACUACGAGUGCGAUACUUUUGCAGUUCAUAGGACUACCACGGGGAGGUCUCGGACUUAGAGGACUCGCAGAACCGCGACAGUCAGGGCCACCCGAUCGAGUUCCCUUUGCUGGAGCACGCGGCCCGGAGCGGUCACAGCGCGCUGAUGCACGCGAUCUACAAGCGCCGCGAGGGCGUGGUGCUGAAGAUUCUGACGGAGAUUUGCCUCCUGAUCAAGCGCUGCUCGGUCAACAACUGGCAGUACAACGGCGUGAGGGUGGUCGCGAAGGAGCACAGCCGGUAUUCCCCCGAAUACUGUCCCCCGGGGUCCGCGAGCUUCCCCUCCGGCGGUGGACUUGUCAAUGCCGUCGGAAGUGGAGCUGGUGGUCCUCACAGCGUCAAUAUCGGACCGUCAAUUGUUCCGCAGUACUCCCGCGUGCCGCCGAACGGGGGGCCAGAGACUUUAUACAACGACACGCUGCAGAAUGAGCGGUCGUACAAGUGGCCGAAUUUGAACGAGCGGUCGCAACACGAGAGGGCCAUGCGGGAACAGAACAAAAACGGUCAGCGAGGUAGUAGCUUUGGCAACAACAACUACCCGGGUGGAGCACAUCAACGAAGACAGAAGCACAGCGACGAGCUGUACAACAUGUCGCCGGGGCAACUGGCGCACAACUCGGUCCAGUCCGGCCCGCAGCACGUGGUCACGAGUCACCCCGUGUUUGAACACAACCGACGGGUGUACAAGAAAAACCCGAUCACCGGGAAGUUGGUCCCGUUAAAUCAAAGCUCUCUCGUCACCUCCGCGGUGCUGCAGGUCACAGAACCCGGGUUCGAUGACCCGCGGGUGACCGAAGAUUUCUCGGAGUUGCUCGUCUGUCCGAAAGAGACCGAUCCCGCGGUGUACCGGAAAUUGCUCUUUGAUCUACUGAAUUUCCGCGACCAGGACGGCCGGACGUUGUUGUCCGCGGCGUGCUCCAUGGGACUCACACGGAUUGUCGAGGUGUUACUUGGCGAAUUGGACGAGUCCCGCAGCUACAACAGCAACGGAGGAGUGAUACUGUCCAACGCGCUCGCGGCCGCAGCGGGAGGAGACAAGAAUGAUGAUCUUCAGGGUGGAAACCAUGACCACAGUAACAUCAAAAUUCGGUUGACGUCGCUGCUCCGGCCCUGCGGGUUUCUGUUCACGGAUGAUAAUGUGAAUGCCGUGGAUUUGUUCGGGAAAAACGCGUUGCACUACGCGAUUGCGCGGAAAGAGUACGAGAUCUGCAACCUCUUGUUCUUCUCCCGCCGGUUUCGAGCCUACAAUGACCCGGAGAUCGCCCGGUUUUUCGCGGAGCGGCACCACAAGGACAUCGUCCCGCUGAUUCCGCGAUUGCUGGCGAACCUGGAGAAGAGAGCGCUGCAGCAGCACAAGGAGGAGAGGAAAGCGCGGGAGAGGAUGUUCAAACAGCAGGUGUUCGGCGCUCCUGGAGGUGGCGGCGGGGUAGAGAAAAGUAGAACUACUUCUACUCGGAAUUAUCCAAAUUCACCUUCCCGAAAUCCGCCGCAGCAGCUCUCCAAUCAUGGCGGAUCGACGAGCAGCAGCCACGGAGGGCUGAUUGAGCACAUUGGAAGUAGACGCGUUGGGCCGCCGGCUGAAUACAUCGGAGACGACGAGGACGAGGACGACGAACGGCUCGACGAGGACGAUGGUGAAAUGAGUCCGAAUGAUGAUGAAAACAAUUACGAUGAGAUCGUCGCGGAAGAUAGCGACGCGUUUCUGGAAGAAUUGAACCGCCCGGUAGAGGAAACAAGGAACAAAUCUCGGAGGUCUUCGGGGACGACGAGUAGAAAAAGCAAUUCUAGAAAUAAACAACAAGAAAGCAUGUUGCAUUCCGUCCCGCAGAACAACUUCCACCAGGCCCGGCCCGCGAACCCCGCGCAGCCGGGGCAGCGCCCGCGCCCGCCCGUCAUGGCGGACUUUGCGCCCGCGCAAGGGGCAGGGCCCACAGAAAGUAACAAGCCGGGACCUCCCCAAGACGAUGAUGAGCAGAUUACCUCCGCUCCGGUUUCCCCUAUUGCGAAACGGCAGGAGGACGAUUUCCGGAAGAUGCUCACCCCGAAGGGCGGCAGCAACCAUCGGGUGUUCAAAGGCGGUGAAAUUCUCGACCCGCCGACAAGUAGAAGAAACUACACGCGCGAUAGAGCAGAAGAUGAAAGUGCUCCCUUCGAGCCGAUCCAGGUGCUCCAUGGCGACGAUCUGGAGGUGGAUCCCGCAGGGUCCACUUCCUCCGGUUCCAACUCCGGGCGGAGACCACACGACCAUGGCGCUUCUGCAAGAGGGCGCCGGAGGAACAACAACAAUCUCACCCCGGUGCGGGAAAAAUCUUCAAGGGGCGAACAAAUUAUACGGGGGCAGAGGCACGAACACGUGGAGUUCGGGGCCACGCGGUCGUCCGUGGACCCGCGCGAAAUCACGGAGAUUGUCGACGACUACGAUGAUCAUGCCCAUGACGGUGAGGGCCGGGGGCGAAGAGGAUCCCAUCAUCGGCGACCGAGUUCUGGCGAUAGAGCAGAGCAUCAUAGGGAAAGACACGGCUCCUCAUCGCAUCAUCACCAUCACCACCACCACCACUCUUCUAGGACUCGAACCGGAACACGGUCCCGUACGCACGAGCACGAUCUUCCACCAGAAGCUCCUUCUACAACCGGCCCAGACGGCGUAGAGCAGGCUGCUACAAUUACCCGUGAUAGCGCCAGCUCUCCACCCACGAACAGACACCACAACCCAGCGCAGCAGACGACCAGUAGUUCCAAUGCGGACCAAACCUCGUCUAGCUUGACGCUGCCGGCGAGUAGCACGACCGUGUCGAUGGACCGGACGUUUAGUGAGCUAAACGUAAAUAAUAACGGGAAUAGCAGUAACGCGUUUCAUCCAGAACAAUCGCAUAUGGCCGGGGUGCUUGAGGGCGAAGAGUUUAUGGGUCUGGAACAAGUAGGUGGGGAUAAUAAUAGUACAACCAAAGCAACUUCUUCGAGACAGUCCCCCUCGACGACCAGAAACAACAACAAAACUGGUCCUUCUUCCAGUUUGGAUUACGGGAAGGAGCUCACGAAGCAGUGGCAGAACCGCUUGGACCGUCGGCCGAGCCAGGAUCUGGACAAAUACCGGGACUACGAAUUGACCAUGGGAUCGCCGAAAUCGCGCGCAACCAGACAGAAAAUUGCGCAGGACGAAGCGGAAAGAUUGGAGCUGGAACGGAGGGAACGGGAGCAAAUGGGCUUGGAGGAUGGGGAUUUGGAACAAGUCGAGGGGGAUCACCACCACGAGAUUCCAGCUUCUCGUCCAAGAAUAUCAACUUCAAGAACACGGCAUAGAAGGAGUAGAAAAAUUUCCGAUGAUGUCGAAGAUAGUACACACUUGCUCGACGAGCAUUCCGUCGACAGAGACUCCUAUUGCCUGGAAGGCAGUCACUGCGCCGGCUUCCCGCUCGAGUCGCCCAUCGCCCGGAUGCACAUAGAUUUAGGCCGUGAGGAACAGGAGCAAGACAGAAGGAAAAAGAGCCAACAAAGGAGAAAUAAGUCGGUGGAAAAUUAUGAGCGUGAAAACGCCGACGCCGACGACGACUUUUUCGAGCCGCGGAUCGAGCACCACCCGAUUUUCCAGCGGAAGAGAGACGUGGUUGCCGCAGUGAGAGAGGAGGAAAAGCAGCUUUUCGACCAAAAGUUCGAGCAGGCCGGGUGGAGCAAGUUUGAGGGGGAGUACCGGAAGGCGCACUCGGCGUUGAACGUGCGGAUCCCGAGAAGCUCCGCGGACUACGACGAGAUCUACCGCAUCGACUACGGCGGGGACGUGGUGGAACGGAAGAGCAGCAACCGCAUCACCCAGGAGGAAGAGGAUCUCGCGAACGGCUACGACGAGGCUGUGGUGUGUUUUACUAACUCCGAUGAAAAGGUGAGCAGAAGAGGGCAUCAUCAGGGUGUAGCAGCUCAACAACAUUAUCCCCAGAAGAUGUCUGAAGGCUUCCUCCGCGCGAAGCAGCAAUCGUCUACUUCGCAGCAAAUGAUGAGCAAUGGUCUACUGCUUCAGAAUUACGACGCGAUGGCGACGUUGAAUGAGGAAGACUAUGGCAACGAUGUUUUGAUCGCUAAGAACAUGAAACUGAAGAAACUGGUCCCGUAUGACAAGAGGAGCGACCAGGUGCACUUGCAGGAAAAGCUAAUAGAAAAGCAGCGACUCCGAGCGGCGCAGGAGUUUCUUUCUCCUUCUUUAUCCCAACAGGAGAAGGAUCUUCUGCUGCCGGUAAGAACCUCCAGGGAGGGCCACGAUGAUGACCGAUUUCAACAGACCUACGACACCGGCGUUUCCUUCCGGUCCUCCUUCAACCGCAGCGGAAGCUCCUCGAUGUCGGCGGGGAAGGUGGAUGAUCAAGACCCCAGUGCGACGACCUCUGCGUCGGUUCGGUUCGCGGAUACAAAUCAGGGUUUUGCCUCAUUUUCCAGUCCCCGCGGGCAAGUGAUCCCCGCCGCAAACCCGUUCACCUGCAACCCGAGCGGGUACCAGUACUUGGGGAAAAAGGACGGGCGCGAGUACUACCUGUCCACCUUGAACGACGACCGGGACUACAUCAUUGCCUCGAGCACCAAGGUAUCAAGUGCAAAAAUGUCUGGGUCUGGAAGAGUCAUGCUGUUUCUGCAUGACACAGAAGGUCUGGCAUGGAAGCUCUAGCAUCACAGGUUUCGAGAAGCUUCCGCAAUGCCGAACCAGCAUGACAAGUCCCCCACUUUGGUGACAGAAAGUGGGCAGCUUUUGCUACCUAUGCAUGAGAGAUUUUUGUGUGUUCUGAAAUGCGCAUCACAGGUUACAUCCUUUCAGACCCAGACAUUUUUGCACUUGAUACAAGCCGACCGACGUUGACGCGUACGGGAACAGGUUGGCGGAAGCAACAGAAAACGCGAAUAGCAUCCGGUACCAGCAGCCACCUACUUCCCCUGGUGUAGUAGCCCGAGGGAAUAAAAGUGGUAACAACAGAGCAACAGGUACUUCUAACAGUGCCGAGGUCCUCGGCACAUCAGCGCCGAAGGAGCGGACUUUUCUGUUGAAAGCGCAUUUAGAGUCUAACGCGUGGGAAGGGAAGAGGUUCUUGGCAAAGGUGAAAGACACGCCAGUAGACCGGUUCGCGGAUGAGGAAAUUCUUGACGUUGUGCCUGACACGUUGAGGAGUGAGGAUCAUGGGGGUCUGCUACAUAAAGAACAGAGAAUAUUAGGCUUUUCCGGAGGUAGAUCUACUUCGUCACCGACAGCGGCGGGGGGUCAACAUCAAAUACAGCAGCAGCAGCAGCAAAGCCAUUCUCCUUUCGCCGUGUCGAAACAGCUGCAGGCCGCGCUGGGCAUGGUCCCCGGAGGAGUGAACUACUCUUCCAGAACAGCACCUCACCAGAAGCACGCGUUGCAAAUCACCCAGGCGGACAACAUUAAGGCUCUUCUGCACGACGAGUGCGCCCACGUGGAGCGCGCUCUGGCGAUCUUGAAUAACCCGGACGCGUGGGUGGACCCCAGGUAUUCGAGCGAACUUUACAAGAAGGCUCUCGAACAACCCGUCGAGAUGUACAGCAGGGCCCACAUUGCGGACUACGACGACGACGACUACGCGAUGUCCGACGGGGAUGCGAAUAGCAGUCCGAAGGUGACGAAGCAGUUCGGGAAAUACGAGGAUUUUGAGGACCCGAUGUUUGAUAACCUGUUCCAAGACGCCGCGAUCGCCCGCACAAGAACCACUUCCAGCCGGGGACAGCACUUCUCUCCGAAGAAUUCGUCCGUAAAACAGAAGCAGAAGAACAAGCAAGUGUCGAAGAAACAGGUUCUCCUCGGGGAGUCCCGCUGGCAAUACUACGAACCCAACCCGGCCGCGCAGAUGAAGUGGCGGCGGCACCCGGACACGGGAAAAUUGGUCCCGUUACUGCCGUUCCAGGACGGGUUUGCGGAGGGGGAAAGCAGUUAUGUGGAUUUGUUUACAGAGAACGGAACGGAGCUGGACAGAAUAAGCCCAGAGCAGCACAAGCAGAUGCAGAGAAGUUUGUUAGAGGAAAACAUCUCCAAGCAAAUCAACUGGUUCGCGAUGCAAAAGUACGCGCUGAAGCACUCACCAACCAUGGAAAACGUGCACGCGAUCGAGAAAAGGUUGAAGUUAAAGCAGGACAAGCAGGCGCUAGCGCAGGAAAGGAGCGACUGGGAACAGAAAUUACGGGAGAAGGACGAGGAACGAAAGGGAAAGUUAAUCGUCACGCAGCAACACCAAAUGCUGGGGCAGAAAAGUAUAAUUUAUUUAGCUUGCGUUCAUCUUUUGAUUUGAAGGUUUGCAUCUGCUUCUGGAAUUUCUUUCAACAUUAUCAAUGGCAUGAGAGGACGACCCGCGGGGCGGUCCAUUUUUUACGCAUGAGAAGUUCUUUGUUGCGUUCUUUUGAUAAACAUAAUCGUCCUAUGUGUUGACCUUAACCUUAUUCCUGAGCAAACCUACGCCUACGUCCUGAAUUUGAAACAAAAUCUUCCAACAGGUGAGCGAAGUUUCGGCGUGGUGCCCACCCACACUCUCCCCGACGCGUUUACCGAGGCGACCUCCACGGGUGCUCCGGACACAAGGAAGGAGGCAGAGGAAAAGUACCGACUGACGGAGGCCAAUGUCGUUUCGAAAUACGGUGUCGAAAGCCUGGGGAAGCACGUUGGUGGAACAGAGGACGCCGGUUUUGACAAGCCAAAACAACCAGAAGUACUUUUUUCUCACCUGCAAGAUUUUUGAAGAUGUUGUCGUCUAUGACUGCAUGAUGAACUACAACACCUUGCGAAGAAAAUAAGCUAAGCACUCCACUGUAGCAGGCACGUGUAUCAAUAAUGCAGAAACUUCUUGAUUCCUCGGAAACUACAAUAUCCUUAUCUCAAUAAAAUAAUCAGGUCUCCACCCUGUCUCGCAACAUCGCGAAGCUGUCCCACCGGAUUGGCAAGUCGAGUCCGUAUUUCAAGGAAAACGAACCGAAGGAAAAAGUGCUAAAGAAGUCCGCCACGCAGGUGAUCAUGGAGAAAAUGGAGCAACAGAGGAAGAUCGAGGAAGCCAAGCCGCAGGUGGAGUACAAGACGGAGAAGUUUAACUUCACACUGGCGCUCGCGGGCAAAGUGAUCAGCACCACGCAAACCCUCACCACGGAAAUCACCGGCACGGCGGCGCCGGGGGUUGCCGGAGCGAGCAGUGUUCCUGGAUCUUCACCCUUGAAACAAGGAUGAAGAGAGCCUUCAUCAUAGCCUUAGCAUAUUAGCUGUACAUGUACAACACAUUCGCAUAUGCAAAUGUUGACCAUGAAAGCAUUCACUUACAGCAAAGCAUCGCAUGCAAUGGAAUUCA